AUGCCUUCUACCUCCCGUCGCCCCCAACAAAAAAGCCAAGACAAGGCUGCCUUGGAUCCUGAUCUCUCUGUGGGUCGGCUUGUCCUCGAACGAAGCCAAAGUGACACCAAGACUGCAGAAGAAAUCAAGCAGGAAGAACUGCUCAGACGAGCAGCAAGAAAAAGAAACAAUUAUGACUAUCCCGGUGCUGUUCCAGCACCUGCAGUUGCCAGACGACCAGUCGCCAAUACAAGGAAGAAAGCACUGAAUGCUGUUACCGCUAAAACAGGUGGCACGAACAAUACCAAGGCCCACCCCCGCAAUAACGAUAAUCUUCGUGCUGUCCCAGCACCCGCAGUUGUUAGACGACCAUAUGCCAAAACAAUGAAGAAAGCACUGACUGCUGUUACCACUAAAGUAGUUGGUACAAACAAUACCAAGGCUCACCUUCAACCCAAAAGCCAAGAAGAGGCUGACAAUGAGCCUGAUCUCUCCUUGGGUCAGUUUGUCCUCGAACGAAGCCAAACAGCCACCAUGACAGCGGAAAACAUCAAGCAGGAAGAACUGCUCAGACGAUCCACAGAAAAAAAGAACAGCAAUGAUAAUCUUGGUGCUGUUCCAGCACCCGCAGUUGUUAGACGACCAGCGGCCAAAACAAGAAAGGCAGUUGGUGCGGACAAUACCAAGGCUCACACCCAACCCAAAAGCCAAGAAGGGGCUGCCUUGGAUCCUGAUCUCUCUGUGGGUCGGCUUGUCCUCGAACGAAGCCAAACUGCCACCAAGACUGCCGAAGAAAUCAAGCAGGAAGGACUACUCAGAGGAGCCACAGAAAUACCGAACGAUUUUGACUAUUCUGAUGCUGCUGGUGAUGCUACACCUAAUCCUGUGUGGAAUCCAGCCACAGGCACCGAAUGUGACCCUCAAACUGGGUGUCCGAUUACCAAGCACAGCCUACCACCAGGCUCUGAUACUCCUGGUGCAUAUACAGGAGUGCCUGGUGCCAACUAUCAAGCCGUGGAACAAGUGAGAUUGGAUGUGCUGAGAGCAUCUUAUGAGCCAAGGCCGCACCUGCCAGCACAAGUAGAAGAGGCAGAAUUUAAUACUACAGAGACUCUGGAGGAGAAGAUACGAAUUCCUGUGUUGAUUGGGGUGGCAAUUGCUGUACUGGCGGUAGUUAUCACUCUGGCAGUUGCCAUUCCACUGGCUGGAGGAGAAAAUGGAGAAUCCCCCAAAAUGGAAAACUACCAAGAACUGGAUAUGACGCUACUUCCCAAUGCACCUGAUUCCACCUGGGAGUCCAUCAUGAUGGAUCAAGAGUCAGCUCAAUACAAAGCCUACACUUGGUUGACUCGAGAUCCCAACCUACAGACAUAUGAAAACUGGCAAAAGGAACAGAGAUUUGUUCUGGCCACCUUUUACUAUGCAUGUGAUGGCCCUAAAUGGAGGUUCAAGGAUCCUCAAGCACAAAAUGAGUGGCUUAGCUAUGAAACCAGCGAAUGUGGGUGGGGUGUCUUCAACAAAGGCCCAUUAUUGAAUGGUGUGCGUUGUUCCACUGGUGACCGUGUGACAGAAAUCAAAGUGAUGGAACAGAGAGGUUUCAAGGGAUCCGUUCCAUUGGAAUUAUCAUUGCUUGGAAGCUUGAAAGUAUUGGACUUGUCGAAAAACAUUAUGGCCAACCACCUGCCAGAUCUGCUGCCAAUCCAUGAGUCAGAGCCUUUCCAGUCCCUGGAAGUGUUUCAUUGCAUCAACUGUCGGCUAGUGGGAAGCCUACCUCCAGAGCUAUUUGCAUGGGCCAAUCUCGAAAGCUUGGACCUGUCCAACAACCAAAUAUCUGGCCCUCUACCUGUGGAGAUUGGUUCGAUGACAGCUUUAGCGGAGUUAAGUCUCUGUGAUACCCAACUAUCCGGCACUGUCCCAUCGGAGAUUGGCUUACUGACAUCCCUGACCUCCUUGUGGCUACAUACCAACCAUUUCUCUGGCAGCCUUCCUACGGAAAUUGGCAUGCUGUCCAGUGUGAAGGCACUGCAGCUGCGUGGCAACCAACUUUCCGGCACCAUCCCAUCCGAGCUGGGGUUGCUGACGAUGUUGGCCAGGUUGUCUUUGUAUGACAACCGCUUCUCUGGAAGUAUCCCGACCAGUUCCUGUUCUAACUCGGGUUUGCGAAUUUUCCUUGACUGCUACCCAGAUCCAUUUGCUGUGGAGUGUCCAUGUGGUGCUUCUACAUGUUCCUGUCAGAAAAUUUAUUGA